CAGCCACGCAAGCGAGCGGAAUCACAACAUUGGAUUUGAAGUGUCUUUGAUCACCCUUUUAUCGUUCAAUUUGAGCUUUUACUGUCGCAUUUUAAUGGGGGGAUAUCUCUGACUGUCGCUGACGACCAAAAACUAUAGAAAAAGUGAAAAAUUUAUCCCGCAGUGAUCCAAAAAUAUGCUGCCGUUCGCUGGGAAAGCUAACCAGAGGCUAACGCUAGCUAGCAAACGGCUGUUGGGCUGUGAUGUCUGUCACAGCGCAAAAUGACAAGAAGACGAGCCAAGCAGUGAAACUUUAGACAAACAUUAUGUGACACCUAAGCUCCCUGUCUGCCUCACCAAACUGUUGGUUUUAAAGAUGCCUCGACUGGAAGAGUUGGCCAAUGUCGCCCUCAGGGUGCCCAGCAUCCUGGUGCUGGAUCUGCUCUAUAAAUGUGAUAUUGAAGGAUUAACGGAGCACCUCAAGGCCAAAAAUGAAGACCUGCUCUUCAAAUACAAAUAUGUCAUCUGGAACAUGUAUUACAUUGGUCAUCUGAUAAACGUGGUGGUGUUGGUUCUACCAUUGAGACACAUCGUGACGCUCUACCUCCACAUCCUUGCUGCUCUCCUCCUCUACAUGGGGCAUCAGAUUUCCAAGGAUUAUGUUCGUGAGGAGCUGCAGUACGGAUAUGAAGGGGCAGUGUACCUCGACUCUCUGGCCUUCAACAGAUUUGUCUCUGCAAUGACAAGUCAGAUCAUUCUCAGCACGCUGUGUGCCUUCCUCAUGAAGACCAGAAAGGUGUGGCUGUUCUCCGCUCACAUGCUCCCCCUGCUGGCGAGACUCUGCGCUGUUCCUCACGCCACGCUGUUAACGGUCAACACUUUCUCCAUGGGACUGACUGGAGCGGGAAUCACCGUGUUCCUCCUCUCACAUCUCUUCCUGCCAUAUCGACUUGCAAGGGCUGCUUACUCCGAGCUGCUGCAACUGGAGGUGAUCGAGCUGUACAGACUCCUGGCUGUGGGAAUCUCUCUGUGGAACCAGUUUGCCGUCCCAGUCCUCUUCAGUGUUUUCUGGUUUGUGCUGUUCGUGGUGCAGCUGUGCUCAGACGCCAUGUCUGCCAACGCCUCAGUCAGCAAUCAGGGAAUCGUGUUCUUCCUGCUCACAAGUGUCUCUGAAUGUUGUGCCACGCCGUACUCGCUCCUGGGUCUGACCUUCGUAGUGUCCUAUCUCGCUCUUGGACUGCUCAACCUAUGCAAGUUCUACCUGGGAGGUUACGCAGCCGUGCAGAAUGAGAACGUCAUGCACAGAGGUGUCACUGAAGGCGUCACGCUGCUGCUGCUCGCUCUUCAGACGGGCCUUUUGGACAUGCAGGCUCUGCAGCGCACCUUCCUCCUCAGCAUCAUCCUCUUCAUUGUUGUGACUUCAACCCUGCAGUCAAUGAUAGAAAUAACAGAUCCAGUUAUUCUGGCUCUGGGUGCAUCGCGGAACCGGAGUUUGUGGAAACACUUCCGAGGCCUCAGCAUGUGUCUUCUUCUGCUGGUUUUCCCCGUUUUUAUGGCGUAUAAAAUCUCCCAGUUCUUCCACAUGGACUUCUGGCUUCUCAUACUGGUUUCCAGCUGCAUGCUGACAUCCCUUCAGGUCACAGGCACCAUGCUGAUCUACUCCCUCUUCAUGGUUGAGCUUUUCCGCAGCGACCCGAUCGAGAGCCUGGACGAGGUGAUCUACUGGGUGAACGCCGUCAGUCGGGUGCUGGAGUUUGUGGUGGCGCUCUGCGUGGUGGCGUACGGCACCUGGGAGUCUCUGUUCGGGGAGUGGAGCUGGAUGGGCGCGUCCGUCAUCAUUAUCCACUCUUAUUUCAACGUUUGGCUCCGAGCUCAGUCCGGCUGGAGGAGCUUCCUGCUCAGGCAAGAGGCGGCGAAAAAGAUCAACUCGCUCCCUCGAGCCACGGAGCAGCAGCUGCAGCAGCACAACGACGUUUGCUCCAUCUGCUUUCAGGAGAUGACCUCUGCCGUCAUCACAUACUGCGGGCAUUUCUUCCACGGUAACUGCCUUCGUAAGUGGCUGUACGUGCAGGAGACCUGCCCCAUGUGCCACCAAACAGUCCGACCCAACCCGUCAGGUCCGAGUCCAGCUUCAGGUGAGGCUCCAGCUGCUCCAAAUCAGGGCGACGUGCAGCCAGAUCCAACUACACCAGAGGGAGAGGAGAACCAGGAGACAAGCACAGAGAUGAAGAGUGAAGAAGUAACUCCUGAUCAGAGUAAAGAGGAGGCUGGGGAGAGAUGCGAGCAUGGAGACUGUGAGACGGGAAAUAAAGAUGAACUAAGUGAAUCACAGAGGGAGGCAGUACAAGGUUUGAGAUUCAGCUCGAGUGGAGACUUUGUUGGAUUUGUUGGCCCAGCGACAGGCUCUUCUACCACAAGCAUUUCUAGCUCUAAAACUUCUCCUAACAUGAAUAUUAGGACUGAAACAGACUCUCCUACACAUCUGACUCCUAUAUCUUUGAACGAGAGCACAGCAGACUUUCAGUCUGACUCCAGUGGAGCAAAAAUCGGGGUUUCUUCUUGUCCUAGAGUUCCACAAAAUGGUGAAAGUAAACAUGAAGGCUGCGAUGAGCCUCCUGAAUCUGGGGGCAGCCUUCAAUCAAAUCCUGAGGCAUCUGGCAUGAACUUUGGUGAGAGCCAAACAUCUGUAAAAUCAUGUAAAGAAAACUCAAAACUUGAUGAUCCACAAAGUCACAAAGUUAGCAGCUCAGAGAGGCUGAAACUUUCCCCCCACAGACCCUCAGACUCUCCCCCUCCCACAGAGAUGGACUGCCCUGCAUCAGUGCCUUGAAGGAAUUAAAGGGCGAUUCUUCAUAAUGGAGAGCUCAACAUAUUUGCCUUUUCUAUGUGAACUAAUACAAGAUAAUUCUUCAGCCAUACAGUGUAAUGAAUGUGCUUCAGAUGAUGUGGACUGAAACUAAAUCAUGUUGGGUUAAAGUGAAGCCUUUUGUUGUAAAACUGUAAAGAAAAUAAUGUAAAAAUCCAGAGAAAUUAUGUGUAACUAUAAAGCAAUUAUCCUCAAAUACCAAAUGAUAGCGGGUUACAAGUGACGAUGUUUACCUAGAGUAACUAAAUGACAUUUCAUUUACUUUUGUUUCAUGUUUUCAGCGUCCUGUUGGUCCUCAUGUGUCGCGUUUUUGUGAGAGCAACGUGGCAAAGAGAAAAGCUUCAGCAGCAGUCGUUACUCAUGAAUCAGUCUUUUGUACUCUCUCAGUAUUAAAUUACUGCUGUGAAAAUGUUCCCUCUUUUUUACUGUAGUUUUUAAAUUAAUUAAAAUUAAUAAAAUCAUGACAGGUGCACAAUGAA